AUGCGGAAUCUAAUAGUACUGAUACUGGGAUGGUAUCUUUGUUCGAUAACACUGUCACUUUAUAACAAAUGGAUGUUUGAUCCUACUAAAGGUUUGCAGAUCGCCUUUCCAAUCCUGGUUACUGCUUUCCAUCAGAGUGUACUGUGGUUAAUAUCAUUCUUGUAUGUGAAAUAUCGGAAAUUGGAAGAUAAUGGUCAAGCAGUAACGCAAGCUAAACUGCCGAAUUGGAAGUUCUAUUUGAAAUAUAUCGUUCCAACUGCAAUUGCUGCAGCUGGUGAUAUUGGAUUCGGUAAUGUCUCUUUCAAGUAUAUCUCACUGACAGUUUACACCAUAAUAAAAUCCGCUAGUAUUGCCUUCGUGUUACUCUUUGGUUGUAUGUUCAACUUGGAGCAAUUCCACUGGAAACUAGGCGUGAUAGUAUUGGUAAUGUUUGCUGGGGUUGUUUUGAUGGUCUUGACACCUAAAAAGGACAAUACAAAUUUGCAAGACGAAUCCACACUGAUACUGGGAUCAUUUUUGGUACUUAUCAGUAGCUGUCUGUCAGGCUUGAGAUGGGUUUAUACACAAUUGACCCUAAGAAAGCAACCUCGACCUCAUUACGAAAGCAUAGCGCAUUCUGAUGGUGCAAUCCCAGAUCUGAGAACACGAUCCUCAACUAUAAAGAAACCUCAUCCAAUCCACACAAUUUGUCAGUUAGCUCCAGUGAUGGGGAUUGCCCUAUUGGUAACCUCUCUCAUAAUUGAGAGACCAUUCCCUGGCAUUUUGAAAUCGAAGCUCUUCACUAGCGGCGAAGACCCCGAAGUAUACAAUUUCAAGUCCAUCGUAAAAGGACUGAUCUUACUCAUCAUACCAGGGAUUGAAGUCUUUUUUAUGACUGUAUGUGAAUUUGGAAUUCUUCAGACCGCCCAUGUUCUCACCCUUUCGAUUGCUGGCAUUGUUAAAGAGCUAUUAACGAUCAUAUGUGGUAUGAUAUUACUAGGCGAAAGGCUUACGGGAUUCAACAAUUGGGUUGGUAUGUGCAUCAUCUUACUCGACGUAUUUUACUACAACUACUUCAGGUUUCAGCAAGAUCAUAAGAAUAACGUUCUCGCGGAAAAAGAUGAGGAAGAGUUAGUGCCCUAUUCCAUCACUACAGAUUCUAUGAUGCAAGAAUAUGAGCUAGACGUCAUAGGCUCCAAAUGA